UGUAUCGAUAGUAAAUAAAAUUAUUUCGAAAUGGUAGACCCUUUGUUGCACCCCCAACUGUCAAAAUCCUUCGAUCCACUUGCAAAAAAUCCAUUCCCAUUAAUUGCAAAAAUAAUUGAACAUGAGUUCUCAAAGCAAUUGUUUCAAAACUCUAUAGAAAAUUCACAGAUGUGCCUUUCCAAGAUAUAACAAGUGCCUUAAUAAAAAAUAAUAUCUGCAAUAAUUUAUUUUAUAAUUCGUAAUUGAUAUGUCAAAAGUCGGUGAAGACAUUCAGAACGCGUCCGAUGAAAGUCAAAAGGCUGAUGAGGUAGCGAAUAGAACCCUGGAGUCACGUUUCGAGUGUCCGAUCUGUCUCUCCUGCAUGCGGGACCCAAUCCUGACGACCUGCGGUCACAGGUUCUGCUCAAAAUGUCUCCACAAAUGGCUCGAAGAGAAGAGCAACAGUUGUCCUGUGGACUCGACACCUCUGAAGCCGGGGAACGGAGAUCUCUUCCUCGAUCGUUACACAAAGAGAGAGAUAUCUCAGUACAAAACGAAGUGUCCUUAUCAACAAUUUGGAUGCAGUGUGGAGUUGAGCCCCAUUGAUAUGGAAGGACAUAUCAAUGAGUGCGAGUUCAAGAAGAAUGUUUCCAGGGAAGAGAAGAUUGACUGCGAUUUCAAACACGUUGGGUGUGGGCAGUCCUUCGAGGACAGGGAGGAUCUGGAGAGGCAUUUGGAGGCGAAUCACAAUAUUCAUUUGAUGAUGAUGGGUAAAACAAUGACACAGAUGAUCAUCAGUCAGUCAGACGUGAAUAAAAAAGCUAGAGAUUCAAAGCUCUGGGAUCCACCACCGAAGAAUAAUGGAGGGCAAUUGGAGCCUGAGAAAAGUCAAUCAAACGUCGAACAAUUAUUGAAAGAUCUUUAUGAGAGAAUUGUCGUGCUAGAACAGCAAAAUCGUGAGCAGUCGAUCAUAAUCUCCAACCAGAAGGCAACAAUAGCCUCAAUUCAAGACUCCCUCACAUCCCUUCGCGAAGAAUCCCUGAAGAAUUGCAAUGGAAUUUACAUCUGGCGAAUAGACAAUUUUAGCCAUAAAAUGACUGAAAUGAUGGGAGAGUCGAAGAUGUUUUACAGCGAAGAUUUUUACACCCACAAAAAUGGUUACAAAGUUCGGGGGAGAAUAAAUAUAUCGAUGAAGAAUAUGGACAGACUCUCGAUCGUUCUACAUUUUGUGCCAUCGGAGAAUGAUGACGCCUUGGAUUGGCCGUUCGUAGGGGUCAUCUCGUUUACGCUGGUGCAUCCUGAAGACUCUGAGAAGUCCAUCAGGGAGAGGACGUACUCUGUACCCAGUUUGGAGGCUUUCAAGAGACCUGGGAUGGAGAUGAAUAGGCGGAGCUUUGGCUAUACUGAAUUUAUAUCUCUUCAUGAGUUACCGAACUUCACAAGUAAUGAUCGGCUGAUUUUUAGAAUUGAAGUUAAGGCUUCGGAUUGAUCAGAAGUGUUUCAAUAUUGUAACGGAAUCGUGUGAAGAGAGAAAAAAGAACUUAUUGCAUUUUCUACAAAAUUGUAUUGAAAUGUGAGAAUUUUAUUAAAUUCCAUUGCAAAUCUCUUCGAAAUUCCAUCAGUUUUUCCCGAUUCCUAUGAAAUAUUCAGUAUUUUUUGGUGCAUUUCUCACAGAUUAUGUAGAGAGAACUCAAGAUUUACUCAAGACCUGUAACUUUUGAUUUUUACAUUAAUGUGAAGAAUAAAAAAUUCAAGGUAAUAAUGAUAUAAAAGAAGUGAUUUUGAAUGCAUCAAGUAAAUUCAAUAGAAAAUUGAAGUUGGCUCAUCACAUUUUUUCUAAAUUAUCUCAACAUUUACUGAUCCCUGAUGAGACAGUUAACGUUUCUUAGAAAGAGUAUCCACGUGGAAAAGAUCUCAUGUCAUAUUGCAAUUGCAAAGUUUUUAAAUUUGAAUUGGUCCCCCUCCUGAUACUCCAGACAUAGUGGAAGAGAUGAAAACAUCAUUUAUCAAAUCGUUAAUGUUGUAUUUUUAUUAUUAGAUAUUUAUGCAGAGGCUGCACAUUCCACGAAAAUACUAACUUUACCUAUUUUACUAGGAGAUUAUGUAGAAAGAACUCAAGAUUACAAAUAUAACGAAAAUUCAAUAGUUGUACACAAGAUCUCUAACUUUUGAUUUUUAUAUUAAUGCGAAGAAUAAAGAUUGUA